AUGAUGUGGAUGAACGGAGGAGCACCAGUACCGCCGCCGUACGGAGCACCGCCACCGCCAGGACACCCCCUGCACGGACUUCCUCACCCGGCCUAUCCGCCCGGACACCCACUCCACAUGCCUGUAAUGGCAAUGGGACCGGGCGGACCGCAUCCCGGAAUGCAGCAAAUGGUCAAUGGAAUGCCGGUUCUGCAAGUGAUCCCGAAUGGUGCCGGUCCCCAUCAGAUGAUGCAACAAGGACCUUCUCAGUCAAAUGGAAACCACAUUCCGCAACGAGGACGUCCCCCUGGAAGAGGUGCGUCCGUUUUUGUUAUUUGGUUCAGAAUUCUCAUUUGCUUCUACCAAACAUCACAUUUUGUGCUCCACUGACUCAUCAUAAUCUCCUGUGCAUAAAGCUCAUUAAGCUUAGUAUUAGCCCAAAUAAGGUGUUCUAAAUAUUUUGUGCGUGAUCAUGCAAAACUAUUCGCAUUAAUUUUGAAGCGGAAGUUUUAUCUUUACUAUAAUUAAUCUAAACAAAAUGAAAAUGAGGGCGGAUUCUGAAUUAAUGCAAGUUUAGGGGAUGUACCUUUUUCCCACAUGGCGCUAAACUUUUUGCGAACUAGCCCAUUACGUUUCUCAGGAUUUGUCACUUGCUUUGAACUUUAUGCGUGAGAAAUUCCGGAUUCUUGUGCUUUCGCAAAGUUUAUUUUCCUUUUCAAUUGGGAAGUUAUUUCUGACUUUUGAAAAAGUCACGGAGCACAUUGGAAGGGGGUUUGGUCGUUGAGCCGCAGAAGAGAAUAGAAUUUUAAAUGUAUGUAUGUACUUGUGCAGAAACUAGACACUCCAUAAGCUUCAUAACGUGAUAAUCGUUUUAGUCAACAAAUUUUAAUUUUUUUGGAAAUGUCAAUUCAAUUCAGAUAGCAUAAGUUCUUUGGAAAUUUGUAGAACUCUGAUCAAAAUGGUUAUGAAAAAAUAACCGGUGAGCUCCCAAAUUAUCAGUUUACACCUGCGUGCCAAAUGUAAAUUCGAAAUACUUCCUAGCAGUGCUCAAAAUAUGCCGUCGCGCCCUUAGAACCGCAAAUUAUACGUUUUCGUCAUUUCCUUUCGCAUGAUGUUGCCAGACCAGAAACCUACAAUUAGAAUAGAUGCCGAGCACAAUACCCAGAAUUAUUCCAUUCAACAUUUCAGUCAGAGCUAAUUAUAGCGUUUGGUGAACAAUGUCUAGUCUAGAAGAUGUUUUGAUGAUUCGAAAGAUCUUUUGUGCGUGAUGAAAAGAUGAAACCCUUUUAAGAAAAUCCGGAUCAACAGAGAAAGAUAUAUAAAUAUACUUGAGUGACAGAAUGGAUAACCCGUUCCAUACGUUGGAAUGCGUUCUCUGAUCAGAGAUGGAAGGUAAUUGGCGCCACCGAAAACGUGCCUUCCACUCUUCGCUUCCCUUCUUGCAAGCAUGAUUGAUCAGUCAAGACGGAAUGUCAAAGUCCGUGGCGGUACUUUGGACCCUACCGUACUCGGAUGGAAAGUCAUUUUGUUCCUGUCAUGUCACCACUAACUAUUCGCUAUCUGUUAUCAAUACACGCAGUCCGGCCUUGGUCGCAAACGCUCAACCAUCUGAUGACUCCUACCAUGUGAUUGAAUCAAAGUUCGUAGUUUUAUAUUCAGUUACAUGCGCCUCGUUUUCCAAUCAGUCGUAGAAAGAUCGAUCAAACCGCAGUUACCUUCUCAUUUUCUGAUUUCUACCCGCUGUCCAGACUCUUCACUUUGUUAGUCAGUUUCGUUCCUCGGCAAGAGUUUGCGUACGUGUGUGUGUGUUUCGCUGAUCGAACGAUUUCUUGAUCGCAAUGAUUUCUGACGAAGAUCGGGCACAAAACCAAAUCGAGGCACAAUGGUACGGUAUGCAAAUGGCAAAAUUCUCAGCGCUCUCAUGUUUCAAUGAACCCUUGACCGACAGUAGAGUCUUCUUUCUCUCGCGCCCAUUUUAAUACAGACCGUCAUCGACUGUGUAAUGAUGAAAAGUGGUCUCUGUCUCUUCUCGACUCUGUCUAUUUGAUCAGCUCAAACACGCGCACUGUUCUUCUCUUCUUUAUUUUCUUUUCCCUUCCAUGGACCUCACCAAACCAUACUCACCUAUCCGAUCAAAGAACUUCUCGAAUUGAUCCCAACUUUUUGCUUGGUGUGAAAAAUGUGUGAAUGUAAAUAUUUGUGCAUCCGAUACUCUUUUGGGUGGAAUGUUAACUGAUCACUCUCUCUCUCUCUCCCGUCUUUUAUGAUCAGCACCUUUCUACCGCCCACAGUCUAGUCAACCGUAUCUUCUAGCUUGUUGCGAGGAGAGGGAGAGAGAAGACGGAGUGAAAUGAUAAGCGCUGAUAUCAAAAGUGACAUUUUGGUGACGAGCGUCAUUUUCUGCUCUUUCCAACCCCUCGGUGUCAUUUACAAACCUAUUUAAAUCUCUUCUCUUGUUCGUCGACAUUCGUGUCUCGAUGGCCUAAACGGAUUUACUGAAGAGGGCAACAGCACCUGACUAAACUAGACUUCAUCAACCACACGACGAUGCUAAUCUUUUGAUUCUCAACGGCUUCGGAGUGCUAAUUCCUCCAAUAGCAGACAUCAGCGUAGACGUAAACGGAGACGUACACGCCUUCAAUUUUGUAAUAGAAAUGAGAAGAAUAGCAGCCAGAUGACGUGUCACAUGAAGAAAAAACCAAUUUCGGAGUUGUCUGUGGCGCCGACGCUCCCUCGUCUAGUUCCGCUCUCUUUGCAACACUUUUAAAACCUGCCAUCAUCUCACCCGCACGCACUACACAAAUGAAGUGUAGCAUGAUUUUUGCUUCUCUUUCUUAUCAUUUCCACCCCGAGGCGGUGCCGCAAAGGUUCGCUUUUCCGGAUCAAUCACGCUUUCGUUUUUAAUGAUACGUACGUAAGCGCGAGACAUGCACGAGAGACAAAGAAAAGACUUUAACCUCGGGGUCUGAUAUGAAUUGUGUAGUCAGCAUAUCACACACACCCCAUUUCUUGCUUUUUUCCUGCCAUGCCGCUUGCCUGUAACCGACCAGGUUGUUUGUUAUUAAUUGAUUGCCUCUCGGUGUGACUUGCAAUGAGAAAUCGAUACGUACACAGUAUAGCUAGCCAGUUGAUGAUCGUUUGAUUUCGUAUUGAUAAUCGUAGGAAGAGGAUCACAAAUCACAGUCCGUACGCAUAAUUGAUCAGGUUUCUCCCUCACAGUCCGACGCAGCCACUUUCAUUUUCACUUUCAAUUUCCAGUUUUAUGCCAAAAGAUCCGAUCCGUUUGGGAAAGGGUUCAGUGUACAGUAAGUCGAAUCAUGUGAAAUUGACAACGAAUUUGACUCGACUCGACGAGUCACGUUUUCUACAAAUAUUGACAGUUGGCCAAGCAAAAUCACAGAAAAAUCAUUGCUCCGUUUCUUCUUUCUGACUCCUCUCCUUCUAACUUUUUGUCGGAAACGUUCAAAACGACCAAACUACAAAGAAACAAAGUCUGACUGAACCGGAAGUUGCGUCUCCGGAGACGCACUUGUGUCUCUCAUUGACCUCCAAAGAACGAGUGAUCUUUCCAUUCCUGCUACCGGUCGGACACAAAUCAUACAACCGAUUUGCUAGAUUUCCUAUUUUGUGUCUGAGGCCUGAGGCCCGAGACCAAGGACCAAGGACAAGACACCAGCUCCCUCCAUCACUCUGACCUUUUGUUGAUCAGUUGGGGCGUAGUAUCAAACAUCUAGAAGGCCUCGAGACCCUAUUCCAUCAUCCAUUUAUGAAGAUGACGACGCCCAAUUUGUGCUGUCUGAACUUGCACACUUGAUAGCAAUGUCUCAUUAGUUGCGCAGCGCAGACAUACGCAGAAUAAGACCCUAUUCGAAACUAAACUAAACUCUCCUCGACGGAGCAAACAUCGAAGCAGAAUAGCAGAAACUGGGCGAUCAAAAGAACAAAACGCUCCCGACUUGCAUUGCAUUGUCCCCCGACAAAUGGGUUGGUCGGGGGACAAAUGGGACGUGAACGAGAUGAUGAGGAUGAGUGUUCUCUGGAAUUACAGAGAACAUACUCGUACGUGUUUUUCUCUCUCUCUCCCCCCCUUUUUUUCUGCUCACGAAUAAGAAGAGAGCCGGGAGUAAAGCUUUUCUCUCAUUUUUCCACGCAAACAUCAUCCCCAUAUUUUGUGAGCAUUCUAAGAAAGAGUACAAAGGUCGGAGUUUAACAAGAACUGAAUUUUUUAAACAUGCACGUUUUCCAAGAAAAUUUUCCACAAUGAAUUACUGGGUCAAUUGUGAAAUUUUCAAAACUAUAUAGAAACUGAAGAUAUUAAACCUUUUGUUUUGUUUCUGGAAUGAGGAAAAAGGAAACGAGAGCCGGUUCUUGUUUUUGCGCCCGCGCAGCUCCUUUAACACAAGGAAUGCCAAGUUCACAUCUCAUUCGUUCCCACUAAUGUAUGUUUUUGUCUAGACCGAUUUUCUCCAGACUAGGCUCGUGCCGGAACAUCGCUAAAGAAAUUGAAUUCUGGAACGAAGCUCACAUUUUUCCUCUUCUUUAUUUCCCAACCCACCCACACACACACACACACAAACUGACCUUGUUCAGACGUUCACGUCAUCUAUUUUCUAUUCCGAUCCUCGCGAGCGCCCCUCACACACUAGGCGGUCAUUACCACACUUUUGUAAGGGUACAUCCAAAGUUCAACGACAAAAUCUGAAUCCCUGCGUGCGACCGUACAUGUUCUACUUUUUAGGUUGGGGGAAAGUUUGUGUUGUGCUUUUCCAACACGACGUUUAGUUUGUUCGUUCUUCCCUCCCCUUCCUUGACUCUUGUUUUUAUCGAAUAACAAACACAACGAUUGUGUUCUCUUGUCUAGCACGUGUUUGACAUCCUAACACGUUUUGCAGUGUUCUUUAGGCGUUCUUUUCAAAAGUCGAAAACAGAAUCCGACCUAAAUGCCACCCUGAUGAGAAAUCCUCGAUAAAACAUCGGUACCAAUGGUCGUAUUGUAUUCUCUGUAUGUACAUAUUCCAUUCCUCUUAAUGAAUCCUCCGAUGCAAAUCACGAAUAGGAAAUGCGUAGUUCACGAUCAGAUACAAAUCAUCACCCAUCAUCAUCAUCAUCAUCAUCAUCAAAGGUCUUUCAUUCAUCGAAACAUUUACCAAACAAUACACAAAAUGUUCAAACAAGCUGUGCACACAUGCCUGGGUCAACAAUUAGAAAUGAUGGGAGGAAGGGAGGGGUAGAAUGCCGGAGAAUGAGUCACAAGAACUUUUAACACUCAUUGAAAUGCAAAACGCCUCCUUCUCCCACGAUCUCGAAUUCCAUAAAGCGCGUCCAUAGAAACAGAAACAGCCACCCGCACUCUCUCUCUCUUUCUCUCUCUCUCUCUCUUGGUCGGUUUCAAUCCUUUGUCGUGUCGCUCAGAAAACCGUUGACUGAUCAGCAACACUUUGUAGAAGAUCAAGCCCGAAAGGAAGAAUAGGAAAGCGCGCGGGGUGUUCCAUCAUGCCUGUCUCUUCUGCAGGCCGACCGCCGGAAAAGAGAGGUCAACAGGAAACGUUUGGUGCAGAGCUCUUUCUCUUUCUUCCCCUUCCCCUCCUUCACCCCCGCCAAACAGGCAAUCCAAUCCGUGCCCGUUUUCGUUAUCCAAAUAAGCUGAGUGCGAAGUCCACAAAUAUGCAACUUUUCGGUCUUUUCGCCUUUCCUCCGUCGUAUUGUUCAAACAGUCUUACGGCUUUGUAUCUACUCUAGUGUGGCCAGCCUAUCCCGUCUCCCUUUUCCGACAAAUCAAAGAUCGUCGAGAUAGGCACAGAAACCGGAUGAGGCCGCCAACGCAGCACCACCAACACACUUGUUUCGAUAGUUGUCUUGUUGGCUAUUAUUUCUUUCCCGUCUCAUCCUCCUAACCAUCCAUCUCCAUCGUUUUCGUCAUAGUUCAGUGGCAAACUCAAAAUGAACUACAUCAUCUGUCCGGGAUUUGUCAAAUAGUAUAAGCGUAUAAAUUUAUUUUCAUCCAAAAGUUUCUAUUUUCCUCUCUCUCUCUCUCUCUUUCUCUGAAUCACCUGUUCCAGCACUUCUGUUCUAAUAGACGUCACUCCUUUUUUCAGCUGAAGGCCCGAACUCCUCACUUGUAGAGGAUAAAGCAAAGAAACAAAGAAAAGCAUCGAAAGGAACACCGCAGAAGCGGCCAGAAGGUUCGUUACUGUCUUUUCCUAGUCAGACUUGUCGCGACUCGGACUGGCCCGGUUUUUAGUACAAAAAUUUAAAUUGUUUUUGAAAAAUCGUGACUUUUUGUAAAUUUUCAACUUUCAAAUUGCCUUUUCCGGCUUGUACUAGCUAAUCCGAUUUUCGACAUGUCUGGUCCUAGUAUGUAGUCUAGCCCUAUCCGUAUUUUUCAUUACGUGAGAGUUUCUAUCCUUUCUCCGUUUCCGUGGUCGUAAACUUCAUUUAAUCUCCUAUCUUCUAGUCUAGCUUCCUCUUUCCAAAGAUUCUAUUGAUUCAAUGAUCUUUCGGUCUUUCGGAAAAUUGCUUCUCCCUCCCUCUAUCUCUCUGUUUUUCUCUUCUGAUGUGCAUCCGUCUCUUUCUUGUGCAUCUGGGCCAUUGCCUCUCCUCAUUUCCGUAUCUUCCUUCUUUUCGCUGGGAAGGAAGCGGUCAAAGUUCGCACGAUGACGCUUUUAGUAUGGAAUGAGUCGUCGAGAAGAGAGAAAGAAGAGAGGAAGAAAGAAAAAAGACAAAAACCGAAGGAAUUGAAAUACGAUCUGUUGUUGUAUCCUCUUCUCUUCUCCCUGCUCCCCCACUCAUUCAGAUCUCACAUUCGAAAAUGGUGAUGUGUCAGUCGUGCCCACAACUGAAAUACAAUUUUGUUCAUGUUUGAGCUUAAGCUUCUUUGCCUUUUUUUUUCCAAGAAUUCAUCAAAUUACAUUAUAUGCAUUAAAGAUCAGGUCCAAAUCCUUGUUCAUUCAGCUGCUGUUCUAAUCCUAAGCCGGGCGGGAAUUAUUCAUAUCGCCUCGCCAAUCAAGAAAAUGAUGCAUUCACCCAUUUCCAUGCUUUCUGUGUGGUCUGCUCCAUCUGCACUUUUCUGUUUAUCGUCCACAUUUGUCUGGUUGCUUCCUUGUUGUCCGUUUUCUUCGAACUAAACCUUCUAGCGCCCACCGCUUGUUAUUUCGGAGAAACAGAACGACGGACGGACGGCGAUCGAAUCGUAGUCGCAGAUUAUUAUCCGUUUCUUAAGUUUCUCGACAAGAAUACUGAAUACUCUAGUCGACGUGACGGAUGAAACAAGUGUGUGCACUCUUUUGCAAACGUCUCAAUAUAUUCCUAGAAAUGCUCCUUCCCCUCCCUCUCCGACCUCUUCGAUUUGGCUUUCAUACACAAUUUUUUAUUCAGGAAGUAUAGGCGGUCUAUUUUGCACGUAUUCUUGAAACUAGCGAGCCCAGGAAUUUCCUUUUCGUUUCCUAUUUUAUCUGGCGCCUAUCUUCAUACCCUCUUGUCGACCCGUAAUGUCCUUGGACAAACCGAUGAAUUGGACAGAUUUGGAGGAGGACGAUCACCUCUCGAGAUAAAUGCCUCACGUACUUUUGUGUUCGGCUAAGAUCGCCACUGCAGAUAACGAGUAGCGUGGGCCCAUUUCACUCUGGAGCGGUUCUUUGUCACCACUUCUCUUCUUUCUUUUUCAUCUUUUUGGAUGUCAUGCCACACACACACACACACACACACACACACACACACGCACUAGUUUUAUUUUUCUCGUUCGUCACCAAAAGUGAGAGAAAGAGAUGGGAAUAUAAUUUUAAUCUGAAAAUGCUGUUCCAAAGACCAGUUCUCUUCGAUUUCGAUUUCGAUUUUCAACCUAUUGAAAUCACUGAUCAUCGUUUUUCUCUGUUACUCAAGUUGUCGUACUUUGGUACAGUAUGCAUGCACAAAAUAGCAAAAUUUAGAAAAAUGGCUUCAAUUAUGCAUCUUUUCGAGACAGUAUGCGAUGUAAAUUAUGAUGAUUGGGGGCAGUGUCUAACACAUAUAAAUUUAGACUCCGCACUAGGGAAAAGUACACACAACAUUCUCUUUCUCUCUCAAAACCGACAUAAACAAACUCUCUCAUGCUGGACCCUUUCCAUUUUCGAGCAUCUCAAAUUUCGAGAACAAUACACAAUAACUUUCACACACACAAGAGUGUACUUUUGAUCCAUUUAAGUACCAGGAAAUUGGUUUUUUUCCAUCUUCCUUCUUCACUUUUCUUCGUAGGAGUCUGCUUAAGAUGAUCUUUGGAGCAAGAGUUCUUGUUUUUUUCCCUUUUGCUAUUCACAUUUCUCUUUCUCAUUUUUUUCAUUCUUUCUUCGUCGAAAACCAGAAAACCGAGCAUGCGUGUGGUAUGUAAUCCGUUUUCGGUUUCGUUAUAAUCUCUCUUAUUCGCGCAUAAUCUUUCUGCUCAGAACGACCUGAUUCGUGAGUGUAAUGAUUGGGAUUAGAAGAUGAUCUCUUAGAGUGAGAGAGCUCGCAGUGAAAAAGAGAAAGUACACUUUAGUCGUCGUAAAGGAUGCUUCAGACGAGACGAAAUUCUCUGUUUUAUGCAUGGAAAAGCCGCUUUUCUCUUCCGCCCUCGCUGCCACUUUAUAAGGUUGAAGAGCAGGAACAAAGAACGGAGCAGAGCAUAAAACAGAAAUCAGCAAAUGGAAUGUGAUCUCUGCUACUUUUUGCCGUUUCCUUAACCGAUUCGAACAAAAAAAAGAAGUUAUCCCUAUACAUGUAUUUUUGAUGGUCUCGAAGCGAUUGUAGUUAAUUAAAUUUACAGCGUCUUUUCUGGAUGGAUUAAGUGGUGGUCCAAAUAACGUCACAUCAAUAGAAAUAAGAUAAUCAGAUUGUGUUAGUGCACCACACGAAGAUGCCGAGAAUAGAAUAAGUCUGCAUUCAUACGUUGCUCACGCAAUGUUCACACAUUUCUCACUUCCGCGCAGAAAAAGGGCUAAACUCUAGCUUUUUCCUUUAUGCAACAGAGGUCCCUGAGCGCCCCUGGCCUUCUCUAGCCCAAUGAGCAACCAAACUAAAGCCGUUUUUUUUCUGCGUUUUGUUUCUUCUGGCACUCCAGGAAGAUUUAUCCGUGCUCCGCACAUGUUUCUCUUCAACUACUCUACACCAACGAUCAGUGCCACGAUCGUGUGGAAACGACAGGAGGGUCGGAAGAGAAGCAUCUUGGCUCUUUCUCUCUCUCUCUCUUUCUCUCUCUCCCUCUCCUUCACAAUGUAAAAUUCCUCACACACCGGCUGCUCUAUCCCUUCUGUCUUCCCGCAUUUCCCCCCCUCCAAUCCGGUCGCAACCUUCCUCUUUUCUUUUUUUUUGGGGGGCCGUAGGGGUCAAAGUGUUUGUAGUCUGUUAGUCGAGAAGGUGCCCGUAGACAGGUAGACAGGACAAACAUAGACAAUAUCACCGAUGGAACGGGGAUAUACGCUACUAUAUUACAAUGGCCGAAUGACUGCUUCCGCAACCAUCUUUGCAUUUUCUCAAGUAUCACACGUCACCGUGUUUAUUCCGUGUCUGUCUUGAGUCGAUUCGUGUGUCUCGGCACAUCCGUCUUCCAUCCGUCUAUCCUAACCUUUCUUUCCGUUUUCUUGUUCUGUUCCGGCGCCCUUGCCGGUCUUCAUGACGCCAGUGGGUCCUGAGAGUUGGCACGUUUUCCCUGAUAUUCGCACGUGGGCCAUCGGGAACAUGUACACUUGUGUGUGUACACCUGGGAUCAAAAACAAACAGUGCAAACUUCUUAUCUCUUACCUCUUCCACCUUUCAUAAUGAUCUUAUCAUCACCCGUCGGGCAUCAUGACUAUCAAAUUGCAUCAAAUGUUUCUAUUACCAACUGCCCUAUCACUUUUAUUACACUUUGUACACUAGUCCUUCUUCUUCUUCUUCUUCUUCUUCUCCUCCUCCAACUUUUCGAUCACCUGCCUCGUGCAGUUCCAACGAUCACUAAAUUCCACUCAGCUGCUCUUCACUAUUUCUGUUCUUUUAAGGAUCGGCUAUCCUGCACAUUAUUUUUCUUAUUUCUCAUUCCUAAACAUCUUUUUUUGCAGAGAUGAAUGUGAGCAACGGAAUGAACCAGGCGUCGGUGAACCUCACGCCGGCACAAUUACAGGUUAGUGAACAAUUCCGAAUCAAAACACUUGUACAAUGGGACACUGGUAUUUGUGUAGUGCCCUCAUCCUUGUCCUCCUUGCAUUAUAUAUCUAAGAAACCAUAUUCCUUGUUUGCAUUUCUACUUGAGUAUGUAGGUAGGAGGUAGUAGGCAGUAGGUAGACGGCGGCGCUAAAGAUGACAAAUUAUUUGCAAAACCUGAAAGACAAAUGUUUGAUGGGAGGGUUUGGGGCACAGACAAUGACUCAUUUCAGGCAGAAAAAAAUAUGUUGUCAUUUCAGAAUCUCCAAAACUUGGGGAUCAAUCCGGCGCAGUUCGCAAUGAUGGGGCUCCAACUACAAAACGGAGUGAUAGCCCAGCAGCACCAGCAACCGACGACCGCCAACAUGCAAGUGGCCGUGUCAGCACAACAGCCUGUGGUCAACGUGCAGGCGCCAAUGAUCGCACAUCCGCCAGUCCCCCAACCACAGGCGCAUCAAUUGACACCUGCACAGGCGCAACAAAUUCAAGCAGCUCAGCAGCAGGCAGCACAGCAGGCAGCUCAGCAAGCAAUUCAGCAAGCAGCUCAACAGGCACAACAGCAACAACAGCAGCAGCAGCAGCAAGCAACCGUCCAAACGCCUCAGCAGCAACACCAACAACAACAAGUGCAGCAGCAGCAACAGGCGAACCCGCAAACCGCGCAACUACUCCAACAGUUCCAGGCUGUGCAGGCAGCUCAAGCGGCCCAAACAGCCCAAGCAGCCGCACAACAGCAACUAGCGUUGCAACAGCAGUUGCAGCAAGCCCAAUUGGUCAACUCACUGGCGAACCCUCCUUGCCCUCCGCCACCUCCUGGUAUUCCAUCGAUGCCCUGGCCCAUGUCUACGCCAGUUUGCCACAUACCUUACUUUGACAUGAACCUUUACCGAAGUGUGAACAUCGAAGCACCGCCAAGCCACGAUAAUUCUGGAAUGGAUCUACCACUCACAGAUAUAACCACAUUGAGGUUUGAAAUUGAAAAUUAUUUGUUCGAAUAAUUUGCAUAUGUUUUCAGGUUCUUCUUCAAUCUUGGAGUACAACAGUCUCGGAACUUAAUGACUGCGCGACAGCAUCAAGCGGCACAGCAAUCCCAACAAGCGCAGCAACAACAUCAACAGAAUCCCAAUGAAGUGAACUUAGCAGUGUUAGCCGCGCAAGGAGGGAAUGCCAACAAUCUUCUGGCGCUAGUCAAUUCUGCAACUAGUGGUGGACAGGUGCCGAACCAAGGAACCAUUGAUCAGCUUCACCAACUUAUCGGCCAACAUAAUGUUCUCCGACAAGCUCAACAACUCCAAGGUCCACAAGUGCAACAACAUAUGCUUCAACAACAGAUUGGACAGCUCCUGGCCGCGCAGAGAAAUCAACAGCAGCAGCAGCAGCUUCAGCAACAACAGAUGCAGCAACAGGCCAAUCAGAAUGCUAUGCAGUCGCAACUCCAGCAACAGAUCAACGCGAUUCUUGCCCAACAACAGCAAGAACAACAGCGUCAGCAACAGCAGCAGAAUGUGCAGAAUGCUCAAAUCGCCGCGGCUGCCAAUGCAGCGGCUGUCGGUACUGUUCCAAAUAUACAGGAGCGCAAGGUUCCCCAUACAGAGCUGGUCAACGCUACCGGUCAACCCGUCAACAUUGGAGGAGGAGCCACAUUCGUCUCAGGUGGCAUCCAACAGCAGCCUGCCACCACUCCGAUCCCACCAGCGGCUACUCCAAACUCUCAGCAGCAACAGAUUCAGAAGCACUUUGACGGACAGACCCUUCUGUUGCAACAGGCUCUUCUGCAGCAUGCUAACAGUAGUACGUUUGUGUAAUGUCGUGUUAGUUUAGAAAUUCUUACAUUUUAGCCAACAACACUGGAAACAAAGCGACGCUUCACGACAUCCGAUUCCAAGUGAUGGCUCAACAACAACAGCAAGUCACGACUUCGGGAGCUGGACCGUCCAACCUUCAUCCAUUCAUCCGCCCAAGCGAGGUAACUCAUGAUCGCCGUUACUGUGCACGAAAGAUUAUUGAGCUUGAGUUUGCUUUUUUCUAUUAUUUGAUCCGGCUGAUUCCGCUUACUUCAGAUCUAGACAAAAUUUAUCAUAGGUUAGGGGAAAACCCUCGAUGCGAACUGCAAUUUCAUCCGGAAUUCUCAUUCCAGGCUGUGAGGGCGGCUGCCGCAAAUGGCGGUGAGCCAACCCUUUCGCCGCGCCCGAUCCCAUUGGAUCCGAGCCCACCACGCGCCACCAGUGGGGGCUCUGUCAACCUUACCGCGGAGCAACAAAAGGUACUCCUUUCAAUCGAUCAUCUGUACUGCCGCUUUAAUCUUGAUUCGUUCGUUCUGGGUUUUUAACGUAGUUGUGUAGUAUAGAUGAACGUUGUUCGUACUUGUUGUUCGUGCACACACACACACACAUACACACAAACACACAUAACCCAAUUACAAAAAGGCACUAUAUUCAGGACACUGUCACUGUAGACGAUGAGAAAGCGUCAUCAAACUCUGGACCGAGCACUUCAUCUUCCACUGCCGCUCUUACUCUUUCAAAUCCGAUCGGCAUCGCCAAUCCACUUUCGGUCUCGGCGGCGGGGUUUCACAACAGCAAGCCAACUACAGCCGUAUCGGGAAACGGAAAUCCGGGGUCGUCUGGUGCGACCCCUGUUCUUUCAAUAAUCCAAAUGUCCGAGGAUCAUUUCACUGACACGUUUCGUAAAACUGAGCAAAAGUGAGUGAAUUGUUUUAGUCUAUCUCACGUAGGUAGCUUUUUUAGAUUGAUCAUUGAACCGGUCAAAAUGUAAGUUUACCGUAGCAUGAAUAGUAUCGUCUGAUGGUGCACAAUAUAUUCAAUUUUUACAAUGAUGUUGUUCUUUUUACUAAAUAUAAUUUAUUUAGGAGACAGCCAGGUCAACCUUCGGUUAACGGACAAGCUAACGGAUCUCCAAAAGUGGAACCAAUCGGUGACCACGAGGAACGUCCACCAGCGGUAAGUACCGUGAAUUUCCUUCUAAAAGAUAAAUCGUCUUCUUCUCCUCCUUUCCCCCCGUGUCGCCCUCUGACAUUGGAUUUUUCAGUUGGCACCAAUUUUGAUGAUGUCGUAUUUGAACAAUUGCAUGAGUCACGCAAAGACACAUUUGACCGCAAAUGGAGUUCAAGUCGGAGUCGAUGACAACGGCCAAGUUGUACGUUUGGUGAUUCCUUUCUUAUAAUCUUUUUUUCCUUUCUUUUCCCAUUGUGUGUGUUCAGAGUGUCUCAACGUUCGUUUGUUUCGCACUCAGAAAAGACAAAUAGUUUGGUCAGCUAAUAUAUUGAACGUUUUCCCUCUGUUUUCUUUUUUUUCUCAAAGCCUAGAAGUAGAGAACAUACUCGUGAAGGUGGUUGUCUGGAAUGGUUGCUAUUAGUAACACUGUUGUCACUUUAUGCAAGCACACAGCACCAAUCGCUCUCAUGAGAAUUUCUCGCUUCAGGUUGACUUCUCUUCUCGUCCCAUCGAUCCCAUUUUCAAGGACGCGCGCGAGGACAUGAAAGCAAAAGACGUCCGAAACUUGGAGCAUGGUGUCAAGAGACCAUAUCCGGGACCGACGACCCCUAACGGAAAGUCGACCAAGAAGAGCCCGUCGCCACAGCAUAUCCGUACGUUGAAUUUCUAACCUGAAACUUAUCAAUUUACACUCAUUUUAGGUACUUCUUCAAAUUCAUCAUCCCCGCUACGCAACCCACUGGGAAUCAACCGAUCGGUAAGCUGGUCCCGUUUUGCCCGGAAAAUAACAAAAAAAAAAGAUGAUUUGUGCUCUCUUGCCAGUCGUUUAGUAAUUUUAAAUCGCGUCAUUUUUUGUCGCUCCAUUCAAACCGCACUUCCCAUUCACAAAACGUUUCCUUUUUUCUUCUUUUUCACCCUCACAUCAAAUCAAUUAUUCAUUUUUGCUCUUUCAGAUCCCGGACGCCGUACUACCACCAAAGCUCGAUGCCGAGCACGAUAGAUCGCCGGAAGACGACUCGGAAGACGAUGGGGCCAAAAGACUACGCAUCGCUACCGAUGAAGAGUGA